GGGCCACAUAAACAUGGACAUCACGGACCAAGGAGCCCAAAUGGAGCCGCUUUUACCAACGGAGAAAGCUUCUCAAGAACAUAAGGAUGUGAGGACCGAUGAGGAGGCGGUGGUGGACCGCGGGGGCACACGCUCCAUGCUCAACACCAACUUUGAGAAGGAAGAACUUGAAGGUCAUCGCACCCUCUACAUCGGGGUCCAUGUUCCUUUGGGUCGAAGGUCACACCGGCGUCAUCGUCACCAUGGACACAGACACAGGAAGAGGUCCAAGGAGAGGGACUCCACAACUGACGAUGGGAGGGAAUCACCCUCACACAACACACCAGCGCAGAGGGUCCAGUUCCUGCUUGGUACAGAAGAUGAUGAAGAACACAUCCCUCAUGCCCUGUUCACGGAGAUGGAUGAAAUCUGCCUCAAGGAGGGUGAGGAUGCCGAAUGGAAAGAGACAGCUAGAUGGCUGAAGUUCGAGGAGGACGUUGAAGAUGGUGGUGAGCGGUGGAGUAAACCCUACGUGGCUACUCUGUCUCUACACAGUCUGUUUGAGCUCCGCAGCUGCAUCAUGAACGGCAUUGUCAUGCUCGACAUGAGGGCCAACUCUUUGGAAGAGAUUGCAGACAUGGUUCUAGAUCAGCAUGAGGCAUCGGGAACUGUUGGCGAGGAUGCCAGAAAGAGGAUCCGCGAGGCGUUGCUCAAACAGCACCACCAUCAAAAUCAAAAGAAACUGGCCAAUCGCAUUCCUAUUGUACGUUCCUUUGCUGAUAUUGGCAAGAAGCAGUCUGAGCCUCAUUCCAUGGACAAGAAUGGCCAAACAGUCUCACCCCAGGCUCAGCCACCCAGCAACGAGAGCAGACAGGAUGUCAGCCGAGAAAACAGCGCUGUUGACUUCAGCAAGAUUGACCUCCACUUCAUGAAGAAGAUCCCUCCUGGUGCGGAGGCUUCCAACGUCUUGGUAGGAGAACUGGACUUUCUUGACCGCCCUGUAGUGGCCUUCGUCCGCCUGUCUCCUGCUGUGCUGCUCAAUGGCCUGACUGAAGUUCCCAUCACCACCAGGUUUUUGUUUAUCCUCCUUGGGCCUCUGGGGAAAGGUCCACAGUAUCAUGAAAUUGGUCGAUCCAUUGCUACACUGAUGACUGAUGAGAUUUUCCAUGAUGUCGCCUACAAGGCCAAAGACAGGAGUGACCUGGUGGCAGGUAUAGAUGAGUUUCUGGAUCAAGUGACGGUGUUACCCCCUGGCGAGUGGGACCCCUCCAUCAGGAUAGAACCUCCCAAAAAUGUUCCCUCUCAGGAAAAGCGGAAGGUUCCCCCUGUUCCCAACGGAGUGACCGAUCUUGGCGAAUCUGAGGAACAUGGAGGACAUGGUGGGCCUGAGCUGCAGCGCACUGGAAGGUUUUGUGGUGGGCUCUUUUUGGACAUCAAGCGAAAGGCUCCUCACUACCUUUCCGACUACACAGAUGCUAUCAGCCUCCAGUGUCUGGCCUCCUUCCUUUUCCUCUACUGCGCCUGCAUGUCACCUGUUAUCACCUUUGGAGGACUACUGGGUGAGGCUACUGAGGGACGUGUGAGUGCUAUCGAGUCCCUGUUUGGGGCUUCAAUGACUGGAAUAGCAUACUCUCUGUUUGCUGGUCAACCCCUCACCAUCCUGGGAAGCACUGGGCCCGUCCUCGUCUUUGAAAAGAUCCUUUUUAAGUUUUGCAAGGAGUAUGGGCUCUCCUACCUCUCCCUGAGGACCUGUAUCGGCUUGUGGACAGCCUUCUUCUGUCUGCUGCUGGUGGCCACAGAUGCCAGCUCGCUUGUCUGUUACAUCACACGCUUCACCGAAGAGGCGUUUGCAGCACUGAUCUGCAUCAUCUUCAUCUACGAGGCCCUGGAGAAGCUGGUUCACCUGGGGGUGCACUAUCCCGUCAACAAAAACAACGACCUGCAAACACUCACACAGUACUGGUGUUCAUGUGUAGAGCCCAGGAACCCAAGCAAUGAGACUCUGCACUUGUGGGAGGAGAGAAACAUUACAGCCUCGCAGGUCAACUGGACCAUGCUGGAGGUCAAGGAGUGCGAGAUGUUGCACGGGGAGUUUGAGGGGACGGCUUGUGGCCCUCACGGACCCUAUAUCCCUGAUGUCCUCUUCUGGUGUGUGGUGCUUUUCUUCACCACCGUAUUCAUGUCCGCUUUCCUCAAAGAGUUCAAGACGAGUCGCUACUUCCCCACCAAGGUGAGGUCCAUCAUCAGUGACUUCGCAGUUUUCAUCACCAUCCUCACUAUGGUGCUUUUAGAUUAUGCCAUGGGAAUCCCUUCACCUAAACUACAAGUUCCCAGCAAGUUUAAACCAACUAGGGAUGAUCGGGGCUGGUUGAUAAAUCCUGUUGGACCCAACCCCUGGUGGACUACCAUCAUCACCUUCAUCCCUGCCCUACUCUGCACCAUCCUCAUCUUCAUGGACCAGCAGAUCACAGCUGUUAUUAUUAACAGGAAGGAGCACAAACUAAAGAAGGGCUGUGGUUACCACUUGGACCUGUUCGUGGUGGGGGUGAUGUUGGGCGUGUGCUCGGUGAUGGGCCUGCCGUGGUUCGUGGCGGCCACCGUGCUCUCCAUCUCCCACGUGAACAGCCUAAAGCUGGAGUCUGAGUGCUCGGCACCUGGAGAGCAGCCAAAGUUCCUGGGCAUCCGUGAGCAGCGCUUCACCGGCCUCAUGAUCUUCACGCUGAUGGGAUGCUCCGUUUUUAUGACCUCAGUGUUGAAGUUUAUCCCCAUGCCUGUGUUGUAUGGUGUUUUUCUGUACAUGGGGGCUUCUUCACUUAGAGGCAUUCAGUUCUUUGACCGGUUGAGGCUGUUCGGCAUGCCGGCUAAACAUCAGCCGGACUUCAUCUACCUUCGUCACGUACCACUGAGGAAGGUGCAUCUCUUCACCAUCAUCCAGCUCAGCUGCUUGGUCUUGCUCUGGGUCAUCAAGACCUCCAAGGCUGCCAUUGUUUUCCCCAUGAUGGUCUUGGCUCUGGUGUUCAUUAGAAAGUUGCUGGAUUUCAUCUUCACCAAGAGAGAACUGAGCUGGCUGGAUGAUCUCAUGCCCGAGUGGAAGAAGAAGAAACUAGAGGAUGCAGCGCAAGAGGAGGAACACAGUAUAAUUGCAGAGGAGGAAGGCAUUGUACAAAUAUCUCUAGAAGGACAUUACAAGAAUGAUCCGUCCACGGUGAACAUCACCGAUGAGAUGUCCAAAGGCUCUUUCGGGGGCGUGUGGAAGAGUGCCAGUCCUGUUGAGAGCUCUCAGAAGGAACUGAUUGCUAAAAGCUCCCCCUCCUAACCUUUCAGAAGCUGAUAUCCCAAAGUUGUGCCAGAGGUGGUGAAAAGCGGCACAAGCGGCGGCGGCAUGACAAGAGCCUGGACAGGGAGACAAGUUUGUGAUGACGUGCACUGGUGGUGCCACAGUGCAGUCGGAAGAUACAAAAACAAAUAUACCGUGCCACACUCGAUCACCUUUGUACUGUGCUACACUGUGUUUUUAGUCAUGUGUGUGUGUUCAAAGAAGUAUUUGUUAGAAACCAUAUUACUAAAAGAAAACCAGUUAUAUAUAUAAACAUAACUACCAGCAACCACAGCGAAGCCAGAAUUAUGUGACACCCACAGUAUGAAGUUCGGCCAAUUAUGGAAACAUUUUAAAAGGAUUUUAAAUCUUUAUCAUUUGUACUUUGUAUGUUUUUAUAUGUUUUCCAAGAGCAACUGCAAGUUGUCCUUUUAAAAACCUGCCGCUAUGAACCACCAAGGGAUUUCGUGUGGAGCAUUUGAUGCUGCUGAAUUUCGCACCUUAGAAUAAAAGAAAUAAUAGUAAAAGAUUUUGCCAAUACUAAUCCAAAUCACUGGUAUCUAAGAGAGUUGGCUAUGUAGAGACUUGUAAUUUUCUGAAAGUAUUAAAUAUACGUUUUCUAUAUAAAAGCUGUAAAUCUAUACGUCCUUGUGUCAGUGACGGUUCAGAUCACUUUAAGGUACUCUCCAUUGCUGUUGCACAUAUAAAUGUUUCUUGUCCGGUCAAGCUUUUCCUCGAUUGAACCUGAAAAUGUUCAUUUCUUAGCCCCCGUUACUGAGCGUUCAAGAAAGAGAUCGGUACGCUUCAUACUUAAAAAUGAAGCUAACGCAAGUAAGAGGUUCAGCUAAGCACAAAAAAAAUCAAAAAAGUUAAACUGUUCCAAUUGCUCAAAGGGGUAGUUCAGAGUCUUUACUGUGGGGUUACGUCGACAGGUUAUGAGCAGUCAAGGUCUUAACAAAAUCUGAAGAAAUCUGCUUUGGUCUUGGUCUUGUAGAUCAAGAUUGGAUUGUCCAGUUAGAAUUAAUUUAACCCUCCCGCUGCCUCUGGGUCAAGUUGACCCACUAAGCUUCAGUUUAACCCAACAGCAGCAGGAGGGUUAAACCUUAAACUAUUACAUUUAUUAGUAAAAUACAUUUGUGGGUUGAGCAGCGAAGUUGAGUAUGUGGGUUGAUUUGUACAAUAAGACGCACUCAAAUCUCUGCCAAGCAACUUUUUCUGUCAUUGACUCUACGUUGAGCUUCUGGUACCUCAGGUGCCUUAGCACCUUUGAGCAAUCAGUGAUAUUCCCAUAUCUCCAUGGCUUGGGUCCAAACUUUAUCCUCCAAGAUGGCAAUUGUUGACCUUACUAUCUAAACUAAACUAUCUAGAAUUUGGGAUUAUUUGCAGUCCUGUCCGCAAUCCCAUUGAACACUUGUGAUAUCAGCUUGGGCAUUUAUUUAUUCCAGCGUGACCAACACAACCAGAAUUACCAGUACCAGGCUGUUGUGGCUGUGUAUGGUUCUUCCACAUACUACCGAGGUCUCCGUUUGCGUUGCGUCUUCUGACUUUAUUCAUACAAUCCCAUAAGCGCCACCAAACAGGAGUCAAUAGCAGAAUGAGCUGUUUGACAGGAACUAUUUGGCAAGAUUUUUAAUGGGCGCAACCCACGAACGUAUUUUACUAACAAACGUGGCACCAUUUACGGAGAAUUUAACAGGCUUUCUAACGGUUAAACAUUUAUGGCCAAGAAACACUGUAACGACAAAAUAAUCAACAAAACACAAAUUCCUGUACAUUUUGUGCUAAGUUUAAUUACUUCAAGCUGAGAUGCACUCAGUACACUGGCUGCUCGUAACCUAAAAAAAAACAAAAACAAACUAUCCCUUUAAGAGAAACACAAAACUCACAGUUUAGCACUUUAUAUCUCAAUAAUGUGAUUUCAGAGGAGAUUUCAACUCUUUCAUUUGUCUGUCGUAUUUCUGGAAGCAGCUUUGGUAAAAGUUGCAUUUCCAAGCUUGCAUGGCUGGAUAUUUUGUUAGCUUUAGCUACUGUUAGCCACUUUCUGCUUUUAAAACAAAAGAGGGCGAAACCUAAAACGCUCAACUUUUGGAUGAUUGUACAAUGUUUUUCCACCUGUGUACUCUUUGUCAGCGAGUGUCAUCCACAUGGUGUCCUCUCCUAACCACGCUCCGUGUGUUAGCAUCGGAAGCUAAUUGUUUAAAAAAAAUAUAAAAAUUAAAAAAACCCGCAUGGCGGUGAAACUGUCUCGCUGCAGGAACGUGGUUACUUCUAGAGAUGCAAUAAUUAUUUUCUCUUGUUUUGCUUUUUGGUAAGGGCAACAUGUAAUAAAUGGUAAAGAGUUUUAACAAUGUAUAUUACACAGUAGCUAUAAUUUAUUAAUGUAAAAUGUUACUAAUAUAUUAAGAAGUAAGUGUUGAAUUCAGAUUUUGUUGUAGGUGUUUUUUUUUGUUUAUUUGUUUGUUUUUUUUGUUGUUUUUUUUGCUUGAUGGUUUGUAGGAGCUUAGAGAAACUAACCGUGGGUCAGAAUAAUAUCAGUAUGGAACAUUUUGACCACUUCUGUGUGAAAUUCUGCCUUAAAUUUGGUAGGAACGGGAGGAAACUUUCUGUUUAAUGAGUCACCUGUUAAAAGAACAAUCAGUUCAGAUUUGUUGUUCAAUCAUUCGUUUCAUGAGAAUG